AUGGAGGACUUCUGGCUUGAUGCCUGCGUGGCUGCAUGGAGGAAUGAGACGCAUCCUGUCGAGAGAUAUUUGGCUGCUGGCGGCAACGCGAUGCGGAGAAUGAGGGAUUCUGAAGUAGCAACCUUAAAUGCCAAAUACGACGUGGAGUUCUUCUCCCCAGGACUGGAUCUUGUCAACAUCGCCCUCCAACAGGAUAGUCAGGACGUCUUGCUACUUCUCCUUCCCAAGGACGCCAUUCAGCCACAGCCCACUGUCACCGUACUCCAGAUGCCACGUGUUCCUCGAGGUCUGAGACAUGCCCAGGGGAAGGAAGACGUGCGACAACUCUGGCUUGAAGCUUGCCUGGCGUGCAUGAAUAGCGAUCUCAUGCCCAUCCAGAAAUAUGUCAGAGGAGGAGGCUCGGUCAGCAGGAGACUGCUUGCAAGUGAAGCGAAGGAGUUGAAUAGGAACUUUCCGAAUUGUUUCAACGAGGGAGAGACCCUAGCAAACUUGGCUUUGAAGUGGGACAAUGAGGCGGUUCUUUCUCUCGUCCUCGCCAACGUAUCGGAGGGGUCAGACAAGAAGGAUUCAGAUGUGAAUUCACGGGCGCAGGAGGAGAAGACACAAAACGAUCACAAGGGUGAAGGGAGGGACCUGCGGCAGACGCAGGAAGAGUGUGAGCAAGCAGGUAUUCCUUACAUAGCAGCAGAUUACAACUAUCGUGACAACAGGAGUGAUGCGGUUGGCAAUCACCAGCUGAGAAGACUUUGGCUUCAAGCUUGUCUGGCCGCCUACGACAACACAACCAACCCGAUCACUGCCUACCUAGAAGCUGGGGGUGAGAGGAGCCGAUCCUUAACCAAUCAGGACAUCGAGUACCUGCAGAUGAGCGGCUGUUUGAGAGUGGGAGAGACUUUAGUGGAUAUUGCGCUUCGUCGAGAUAGCAGCCAAGCGCUCGCAUGCGUCCUUGGAGAAACCUUCGUCCCUCAGAAGAAGAUCUGUAGCCGAGACUCCAACUACUCAGAUCAGUUGAGGUCGCAGCCUCGUGCUGACCUCGACAGUCUUUGGCUGGAUGCGUGCACUGGGGCAGUCUUGGGCGAGAAGGACAAGAUCAUAGCCUACGUCAAGAAUGGAGGAGAACUUGGGAGGCGCCUCAAGGCGGAGGAAGCGACGCUUGUGAACGAGGAAGGAAACAUCGUCGCCUGCUCGGGCUCAGUGCGUGCGCGUGAAACGCUUGUUGACAUAGCGCUGAAGUAUCAGAGGAGUGACAUCAUCAAACUGCUAUGUUCAGAUGUUGUCCCUGAUUGUGCUCGCAAGAGGCUGCCAUGUCAUCAGUUCGUCAUGGAGGCUUCAGCCAUCUCUAAGGAAAUCAACGCCAACCUUGAGCUCUCGGUGGGCUCGGGUUUGACCAAGGACAUGCCUUUCUUCCAGCUCAACUUCGCCAUUCCCCGCGAACUUCAGACUCUGCCUCACGACGUCAGGACUCGUGCCCUCAACGAGAUCAUUGACUGCGAGGCGCGCGAGACUCUUGAGGACGAGAACGAGCCGGUUAUCAACUGGUGCCCUGCGCUGCUGCCACAGCACAAGCUGCAUCCUCUCUACAACGGAGGGAUGGGAGACUGCCUCCUGCACAGCGCUUCUCUUGUGCUGGCUGGGAUCGAAGACAGGAACAUGGCGUGGCGAGCAUCCCUCGUGCGUGUGAUGAAAACGUUCGACCUCUACUCCCGAUGGAGAGAGUUCAGAGCGAGGGAGGCGGCGCUGUUGGGUUACCACGCGGAGGACUGGCAGUGGAAGAAGGAGUGGUCCGAGCUCGUACGGAUAGCUGGCUCCCCCAAGAUGUCGUUGGAACAGACGCACGUGUGGGCUCUGGCCCACCUGCUCCGGAGGCCGAUCAUCGUGUACGGAAUCCAGAACAUUCGCAACCACCGCAACGAGAUCUUGGGACACGCAGGUCACCAGGGGAUCUACAUCCCCUUCCUGCUGGAUAAGAGCGAGUGCUGUACGGACCCCCUUGCUCUUGCCUACGUCCGCGGACACUACCUGGGGCUGGUCGGAGAGGAGAAGGACCCUCUUACUCCCACGACCAUCCUCCUCCCCAUCACGAUGCACAACGGGCAGCGGCUACCGGUGCAGUACCUGUAUGACGUGGAGCGGGGGAGCGAAGCGUCCAUCAUCCGCGAGUGGCUGCGAUGUCGCGCUGUCAAUGGCGUUGCGUGCGUGGAGCAGAGCUACAACCCGAGGGCAUCGAGACCGGAGGCCUGCCAGGCGCUGAUGAGGAGGUACGUGGAAGACGUCCACCAACGUAUGACGAACCCCAGAGACGAAGAGGAGGGGGUGGGGGCUGACACCAUCGUUGAGGCUACUCUCUAG